AUGAGUACCACCACCACCACAUACAUUCGAGGCAUGGGAAUCAUCCCUUCUGGAAAUAAGAGCAACAACGCUCCCAGCCCGUCGAGACGGAGGGUCCUUCCCGCCAACACACCCCGCAACGCCUGCAGUCGCCAACGAUCACCCACCCGAGCCAGCACCGAAAGCAUCAGUAUUGAAGGCAUCGGACAAGUUCCCUCCACAAAUAAUACUAGAAGCAGCAAGCGCCGACGACACCAAGAAAUCUACAAAGCCUCUUCUUCGUCUCAUCGAACCAGCUCCCAAUCCCUUCCGCCCAUGGAAACGGUGUUUGAAUAA